GGUUGCCAUGGUGACGCGGCGGGGCCGCCAUGGAGGAGGUGACGGGCGGCCGGUACCGCGGGGACAGCGUGCGCGGCAGGAUGGAGGGGCUGGGCUGCUACACGCUGUCGACCGGCACCGAAUACCGGGGCAGGCUGAGGGACGGGAUGUUUGACGGGGAGGGAGAGCUGCUUUUCCCCAACGGAGGCAGAUACCGGGCGGUUUGGCACCGCGGGGUGCCCUCGCAGGGGGAAUACACUUUUGCAGAUGGUCUCGAAUACAAAGAUAAAAAAUGGCAUUACUGUGACGGCUACGACAGGAGAUUUUACACAGAAAUCUGCUCUGGUCUGAAACCAGCAGGCAUUUCCCAGCUUACAAAUCUGGAUCCUCCCAGAAAGAUCCCAGAAGGAUGUUACGACUGUGGGGAUGGAUUCUAUAAUCCUGAAACCAGAGUUAUCACUGACUACAAACUCAGGUUUCUGAGAAAUGCAGAUGAUGAAGAGCACGAGUGGAUCGUUCGGACCUGCCGGAAAGCUUGGGAUGAAACAGCUGAACAUAAACCAAAGCCAUGAGAACAGUUUGUGUUAGACAAUAAUACUCCAAAGCAGGUAAUCUGAUUCAAAAUAAAUCUAAUUUGUCCUCCUGCAUUUGUCUCACUCCUUCCCUCUACAGGAAUAUAAUCUUUUUGUCAUCUUUGUCAGCACAAACAAAAUGGAAAUAAUCAUUUAAUCAGUCAUGCUGAGAAAAAGCCAGGGAAGAAAAGCAGACUGUACUCACAGUAAUCUUCCUGAGAGGUGUGCAGAGCAGUGCAUGUACACGUUAUUAAGCCUGAAAACAAUUUGUUAAAAAGAGUGCCUCAGAUUCGGUGUUGAAGUCAUUCAAAUCCAUCUUAAUCAACAUUAUUUUCCCAGAUUUUAGUUAGCUGUCCUGGUGAAUUCCUUUCCUCUCUUUUUGC